CCCGCGCAACCACCGGGAAUCCCACGAUGGGCUCCUCUGCAGAGGAGCUAGCUCCGCGCCGUGCGCUCCAGCACCGACGCUCGUGCCGUUCAAUGGCGACGGCGGCCAUGGCCAUGCUCACUCAUGCUCCAACGCCGGCCGUCCUCGCGCAAGUCCCUUUUCCUCUGUAUCUUCAGAUCCCAUCCCACCACCCGAGCGCCUCCUCCUCGCGCCCUCGUCGACGAUCUGCAGACUGCAGUAGCAGCAGCAGGACCCCCGCCGGAAGCAGCAGCUCCACCGCACAACAACGGCGCUGCGGGUGUCACUCUCGAGCGCCAGUUCACGGUCCCAGCGCCCAUCUACCUGUGCAGCGCGGCCGCUAACUUGGGCAGCUCGAUGAGGAACGCCGGCGGCGCCCGGGUGCCCUCGUGGAUGGCCAGGCUCGGCCGGCAGCGGCGGUGCCUGAAGAGCGUCACCGCCGGUGCGUGGUCCGCGAGGAGGGCCCUGCUGCCGCUGUGCUGCCCGAGCAGCGCGCCCAUCAUGAGCGCCAAGACGGCUCGCCCCAUUCCUGGGCUCGGGCGGCGCGGACGCCCGCCGCGACGCAUCACCCCUUCCUUGGCUCCUGCGGCGUGGACGCCGGCGGCAAGCGGCGACGCGUGCCCGGCGGUGGAGGGCGCAAAUGGAUAA